CCUCAGCUUCCGGUGACAUGCAGCAGACUUGCAGGAAGGCCUCAUGUGGGCGGUGUCCCUGGGAUGAGCCUGACCCUUAUCUUGCCAGCCAGCUGCAAGGGGAUUAUCCGGGAACACAGCUAUGCACACACUCUUGCACUGGCUGGACUGCCUCAAGCCCUUUCUCUUGUGUUGUAAAGCCAGCAAGAAAGCAAGGAUUGAACUACUCUGAGCUCUCACGUCUCUGGUAGAGGACACCAAAUUCACCCAACUUUAGAAACAUCUUCAGAACAAAACAACAAACGACCUUGUCUGUGGUGUCAGUCCUGGAGUGCAUGGUGUUUGGUCUCUGCCUCAUCCAGUCUCACCAGGGAAGUGUUUGUAGAUGAAAAUGAACAGUGGAGUUCUCUUGUCCCUUCUUGGCUUCCUCCCACUUGUGACACCCAUAUGUCCUGCUCCAUGCAAGUGCACCACCAACAUUACUGACUGCUCAUUGAAAAACCUGACUGUAGAAAACCUGCCCAUUGCUUUCCGUCCUUCAGCUGAAAUCAUCCACCUCGGUUCCAACAGGCUCACCUCUAUUCCCAAUGGGCUCUUUGACAACCUGAGGAGCCUCCAGGUGGUCUACCUGCAGGGCAACCCUUGGGAAUGCACCUGUGACAUCCUCUACUUGCGCUCCUGGCUCCAGUGGCAGCAGAACCGGAGCCAGUACAGGGAUGUGAGAUGCAGCUCCCCGGAGCACCUGCAGGGCCGGAUCAUCGCCUACCUGACAGAAGAUGAGAUCAUCUCCACAUGCCAGCACUGGUACUGCAGCCUGGCUCUCCUCUCUCAGAUCUCUCUCUUCAUCCUCCUUUUUCUCCAGGGUAUCUUGGUUAUCUUCAUCAUUGUCUACCUGCAGAAAUUUCGGAGAAUGACCGCUGAAGCCCGGAGCACCACCCGAGAACUAGACCAGUGGGUAGACCCUUGGGCAUCUUCUUCAAUAAACCCCUCCAACAAUGAUUAACAUCACACGACAGAGGACCCUCCUCCCUUUGGAGGACACUGUGUCAAAGUCCUGUAGUUUGUGAUACCCAGAGGGGACAAUUCAGUACAGCAUCUAAUCCUGACUGCAGUCUGAAGCAGGAUUUGAACUGAUCAGAUACUUGCUGUGUUCCUAAAGAAUCAAUCUUCUGUUUUUUCAAUGCUUUUAAUUCUUCAGCAUGAUCUUGACUGCUUGUCUGAGCUGGAAGUGGUUUGAUAUACUAAGGAAGUCAUAAACUACAGCAACCAGAACUGACUCAAAUAGCACAUAAGCUCAUAGGGGCUCCAGUGCUUGAUCCCUCCCCUCCUACUGUAUUCCAGCCGUAUUUCCCAGGAUGCUUCUGGUUGUGCUGGGUCAGGUGAGGACAGAGGUGGGCAGUGAACUGUUUGAGUACUGAGCUAGGACAAUACACUGAGCUAGGAGAAAUAGAGUUUCCUUCUAUUGCCACAGACAGCAUUAAGAGCUUUCGGCUAGAGAUUUAGUCUUCUCCUGCCUUGGUUUCCCAAGUAAAUGGGAAAGGAAAUACCUUCUUGCUUGAUGCAUCUUUUCCAAUGUUCUUCUGGGGGAGGGAGGGCAUGUCUAGAAGCCCACUUGUUUUACCUUACUAAAUUCCUUUUAAUCUACUUGAGUUUUAAUACUGACUUGAGUGAGACUGGGGCCCUGAAUCUUUACAACAAAUUCAUCCUGAAGACGAGAAUUGACUGUGCCUGUAUGGCACCUGGCUUGAGAGAUCUGGUCUUGAGAGACUCAAACUGCAAACUCCACUGAUGUGCCUACUGCUGUUUAUAGUGUCCCUUAAUUGUUUUUGAAAUAAAGCAAAAUCGAAAUAAAAUGAUGCAUGAUGAUGUAAA